AAAAGCUCGAAAAUGAAUAGCGCAUAUUUUCUGGCAAUCUGUGCCAGCAUUUUGCUGCUCCAACUAGAGAUGGCAGCAACGAGAGCCACUGAAAGUGGACCCAGCGAGGCCCUUCAACAGUCGGCCAGGUCAAUGGGAUUGGACGAAGUGGGUUUGCGUGAAUUGUGGCGCAGCAGACAGCCUCUGGUUAUCAGGAACCAGAGUCCAACGGGAGAGCUGAUCACGGUGACCUACAAUCUGAGUGUGGAUGGCACUUCCAAUUCGAGGCGCAAGGUCACAGAGGGUACACUUCCUGCCAGGCUGGAGGAUAAUAGCCACGCGAAGCCACAAGAAGACGUGGACUACGUGUCUGACAGUGGACCCAGCGAGGCCCUUCGACAGUCGGCCAGGUCAAUGGGAUUGGACGAAGUGGGUUUGCGUGAAUUGUGGCGCAGCAGACAGCCGCUGGUUAUCAGGAGCCAGAGUCCAACGGGAGAUCUGAUCACGGUGACCUACAAUCUCAGUACGGAUGGCACUUCCCUUUCGAGGCGCAAGGUCACAGAGGGUACACUUCCUGCCAGGCUGGAGGAUAAUAGCCACGCGAAGCCACAAGAAGACGUGGAAUACAUGCCUGAAAGUGGACCCAGCGAGUCCCUUCGAGAGUCGGCCAGGUCGUUGGGAUUGGACUAAGUGGGUUUGCGUGAAUUGUGGCGCAGCAGACAGCCGCUGGUUAUCAGGAGCCUGAGUCCAACGGGAGAUCUGAUCACGGUGACCUACAAUCUCAGUCCGGAUGGCACUUCCCUUUCGAGGCUCUAGAUCAUAUUGGUUUUAG